AUGAUUGAACACUUAAUAUAUCCCAACAAUACAUCCAUAUCCCUGACCGCUGGCCAACAGUGCGCUCGUGACGGUGCCGAGCGUUUUGUUGAACAAUUAUUUUCAUUAUUUUAUAUACUCUCGCCGUCCGCCACCACAUAUGACAGUCCAUAUCAGGUGCCCGACUAUGAAGUUGCCUUAAUUCCGGCUAUUGGUUUGUUAAUGAUAUUGGAACAGAUCUUCCGAUUUUUCCAACACAAACAGUUUUCCCGAUUUCCCGAUUUUGUGGUCAAUGUCGGUUCAUCUCUAAUAUUUACAUUAGCCAGAGUAUUUCUAUUGACUGUCGUUAUCAAUAUAUUUAUUUGGCUCUACGAUAACUAUCGUAUUGUUGACCUACCGUUGCACUCGGUAUGGACAUGGCUACUGUCCCUACUAUUAGUCGAGUUUGUCUACUACUGGACCCAUCGGGCUCUACACGAGUUCAACAUCCUAUGGGCUGCCCAUCAGUUUCAUCAUAUGGCCGAAGACAUCAACAUAACCACAACCAUCAGGGACUCCAUUGUCGACCUCGUUAUAUAUGAUAUAUUUCCUCUACCACUGGCCAUUAUAAUACCGCCACCAAUACUUGUAGUGCACAUACAGUUUUCGCUUAUCUAUCAGAUAUGGCUGCACAACGAAGUUGUGGGUAAUCUGGGUUUUAUUGAGUACGUUAUCAAUACGCCCCGCCAGCACCGGGUUCAUCAUGGAAAGAACCCGUACUGUAUUGACAAAAACUAUGGCGCCCUCAUUAUGAUAUGGGACCGACUGUUCGGUACCUACCAGAGCGAAACCGAUCCGAUAGUGUUUGGUGUGGUGUCGCCGACACCGAAAACAUUUGAUCCAAUGAUCCUACAGUUUGGCUACUAUCGGGAUUUGUGGUCAAAAUUCUGUACGGUUCAAGGUUUCGGCAAUAAAAUGUCGGCACUGUUCAAAGGUCCCGGUUGGGCACCGGGCAAACCCAGACUCGGACUGAUUAGUGAUGUACCCGAACCCGAUAGAUCGUUGCCUAAGUAUAGCUACGAUCCAUACAUACCGUUCUGGAAACUUGUGUACAUUGGCUUUCACGGGUCGUUCCUUGUAUUGGGAUUUUUCCUAUUGGCCGACCAUCCAUAUGUCCGAUAUUCACCAAUGAAAGGCUUCAUUGGUAUGCUUUAUAUCAUAUUUAUAUUGACAUCGUUUGGUGCAAUAUUUGACAACAGAAAAUAUGCUCCACUACUGGAAAUAUGUCGGUGUCUAACAUACCUACCGUUUGACUACUAUCUGAUUGCAACUGUCCACUGGUCUAUCGGUCCUAAUGAACAACUAUUGCUUGCCAUUACUCUAUGGAUGGCCCGACUGAUGCAUGUGCUGUCCGUUGUGUUUUGGCUAAUCUAUCAGUUAGUACUGUGCACUGCAAUUGGUAACAAUAGGUCGUCGUCAUCGUCGGCCAAUAAUCACGAGUAUGUUAUGGCUGCCAAAGUAGACAAAGAUGUCGAAAGUGAUACCUCAUCGAUGAUGGCAAGGAACCGGUGUCUGACAAUAUUUAUCUUAUUUACAAUACUAUUGGGUGUUAUCGUGUUUCUCACUGCAUGGUUGUCCCGUUUGGAGUCGUGCACUCAAAUGCUUAAUGAAUGGAAAUUUUCAUAA